GAUCACCUGUCUGUCCAUCCAUCUGUCUGUCUGUCUGUCUUUUGGCUGCCAUGUUGGCUCAAGUGCUCCUGAAGACGUCGCUGCUGCUGUGGCUGGUGCAGCACACCUUACAAGGAGGAGUCGGACGUCCAGCUGGACCGCUGGGGAGACUGACCCCAGGACGAAGUGCUGGUCUUGGUGGUGCUGGUCUCGGUGGUGCUGGUCUUGGUGGAGCUGGUCUCGGUGGUCUCGGUGGUGCUGGUCCUGCUGGACCGCCUGGAGGAGCUGGUGUUCUCGGAAGCCGUGGCUAUGCAGGAGGAAAGCCUGGAAAAGUAACAGCUGGACUUUACCUGGGAGGAGCAGGAUACGUGCCCCGAGGAGGACUGAAACAAGGAUACAGACCUGCUCUGGGAGGAUACGGUGCCAAUCCUGUAGUGGGACUGGGCUUUGGAGGACGAGGAUACAUCAAUGGUGGCAGAUAUCAGCCAGGCUAUGGUGCUGGUGGUUAUCCUGGUGCUGCACGUGGUAAUGGGGUUGCAGGAGGAUUGCCCAUUGUACAGAGACAGAAAGACAUUGGAAUUGCUCCAACCCCAGGAGUCCCGAAAGGACGCGGUGCUCUGAGUAACGGUUACGGUCCAGGAGCAGUAAUAUCCAACAGAGGGUUCGGUGCUGGAGCGGGAGCAGGACGCAAUGGGAAAGGAGUUAAAAGGAAUGGUAAACCUGGAGCAUGUUACAGACUGGGAUCAGCAGGACUAAAGGGUGAUAAAGGAGGAGCUGCAUCCCGCAGAAAUGGUGCCAAAACAACUAAACAGGGGUACGGCCUCGGCCCAGGGGUGUAUACUGGAGCAGGGCUGACCAACGGCUAUGGAGUGGGUCUUGGCCCUGGCGCAUACCCGCAAACUGGCCGUGUGGGCAAACAGACUGGAUUCGGCAGUGUAUAUGGCUUUAACGGAUAUGGCGAUGGUUAUGGAGCUGGCUUGGGAGCCGGAGGUUAUGGAGCUCCAGGACUGGGACUGACUGCUGGACUCGGGGCUGGAUUCGGGGCUGGACUCGGGGCUGGACUCGGGGCUGGACUAACCUCUGAGGCCAAGGCUGCAAAAUACGGUGGCGCUGGUCCAGGUGCGGUGAUCGGCACUACUGCAGGCCAGCCCGUGGUUUCUGCUGGUCUUGGCGCUGCAGGCAAAGCAGGAGGUUAUGGUGUAGCUUCUUAUGUGGGACAGCCAGAUGGCCUCGGAGCAGACGCUAACCUCGGUGCUGGUGGACUCCUGGAACCUGUGAUCGAUGGAGGAGCAGGUCAGCUUUCCUACAACGGCGCACCGGUCAUUCCGGCUGGACUGGACGGUGAUAAUGGCUAUCUGUAUGAAACACGGCAGCUCAGUCUAGGAGGCAACGGAGGCAAGCUGGCGUAUGGUUAUGGAGCAGCCCUCGGAGCCAGAGCUCAAGGUCUGGGUGGAGCUGUCGGAAAAGGCGGCAGCAAGAACGGCGCAGCUGGUUACUAUGGUAAAGGCAUCAAAGGCUGAGUUUUGGGCCUCUGAGGUGUGAUCCAGUGUGAUGUGUUUUCCCCCCUUCAUUCCUCUUCGUGUUCUUCAUCGAUUUGAACGAUUGUGACCUUUCUGUUUUUGUGUGUUAGUGCUGAUCCGGUGCUAUUUGUUGUUGUCUCUUUGUGUCCAUACAGUGAUUGUGAUGUGUGUUUUUGUCUUGUUUUUUGGGCUGAAGGUUUUGUCUCAUGUCUUUUCCUUGUCUCUGUACCUAACUAAAACCUCUUGAGCACUA